AUGUAUCCCACGACAGCCACCACAUGCGCCAAUCGGACUUGGAAACGGGAUGAUGGAGCUGGCCUAUGUUCCCUCAGCAGCUCGCUUGUCCAUCCCCACUUCAACAGCGCUGCAUAUUGGGCAAACUCUGUCGCCAGACACACCAUUGAGCCCGGCCACCCCCUCACCUCUGACAAGCCCCUGGUGCUCACGGCUAACCCGGCUGAUCGGGCGUCGCCCCACGAGCCCCGCAUCUCUCCAAGCUCGGCCUACAAAACCGCCAAUACUAUCCGAGCUCACCCCGCUGAGGAGUUCUCCAGCGUCCGAACCCGCAAGUUGUUGGAGGAGGAACUCGGUCUGAGUGUGGCAGACGCCGAGGCCAUCAACAAGCUCACCGGCACCUUUGGCAACGACAAUGAGGAGGCCGUCCUGCACCAAGUUGCCCACCCAUUCAAUGCCUCCGCGCCCCCCAUGCUCGCCCCCGGAUCCCUGCUGCUCAAAAAUCCACCGGCCUCAGCUUGGGCUAUUGUCAUCCCUCAAAACCUUGCCAACGUCAACAACUUCAACAGCAUGCGCGUGCUUGGAAGGCAAUGUACUGGGGAGGUGAUCAUAGUCUGCUACCACAGGGCUGUGGGCAACAGCCAUGCCAACCAGGUCUAUGGCAUGAAAAUCAUCAAAUGUGGUGCAAUUGUAUCAUAG